AUGUCUUCAUUACAUAUUUUUAUUGUUUAUGUAUUUUUGACAAUUGUAAUUGCUGAUGAUAAGAACAAUAUUUAUUUUACACAAUCAACUUAUGAUAUAUGGUGUCAAGAGAAUAUUCUCUCUAAUUCCUUAUUACUUUAUCCAAAUCAUAUCCCAAUAGGUAUUUAUCAUACAUCAACAAUAAAAUUUCUUGAAUAUCAACUUAUUGAUGAUAAUGAUUUAUUUUAUGUUAAAACAAAACGUAUAGCAGAUUUUUAUUUUUUUAUUCUUAAUAUAAUACGACCAUUGGAUAUCAAUCGAGAAUAUCAAGAUAUUUAUAUAUUUUAUAUUCAAGCAAAUAUUAUCACUAAACAUGGCAAUGAUACUGAACAAGCAAAAAUUCGACUUCAUGUUGCUGAUUCGAAUGAUAAUGAUGGAGUAUUUAAUAUGGAUAUAUAUGAAAAAAAUUUUACUGAACCUAUAGAUAUAUCUCAACCACUUAUUCAUUUUCAUGCUACUGAUGCCGAUGAAAUUCAACAUGCUCAAAUUCUUUAUGAAUUUUCAUCUGUGUCAUUUAAUAAUACAUUUUCACUUCAUCCGUAUACGGGGGAAUUAUAUUUAUUAUCGAAAAAUAAUUUGCAAUCUAUAUAUGAAUUUGAUAUUUAUGCAUAUGAUCGUCAUCGAAAAUAUUUUAUGAAUAAUGAUAUAAAAGCAAAAGCACAUGUGAAAUUAAUUUUUCCUGCAAAGAAAAUUUUACGUUAUGUAAGAACAAUUUUUAAUGAAAUAAUUGAAUUUGAACAAUUAGUUUCAUCAUACAAAAUAUUCUUUUAUCAAAAAUCUACAUGGAAUCUUGUAAAUAUUCAUCAACCAAUUUUAAUAAUUGAUAUUUUUCCUCAAAUAUCUUCAUUUGAAAUAUUUAUUCUAAAUAAUUCAUCAUUAAAUUCAAUAAAUUUAUUUUUUUAUCAAAAUCAAAUUUAUUUCAAAACAUUUUCUUUUCAUCAAUAUAAUCUUCAUUUACUUAUCUGUUUUUUUAAUCGUACAAAAUGUCAAUAUACAAAUUAUUAUUUAACUCCUUCAAUUAAUUUAACUUCACUUCAAUUUUAUUUUAAAUCAAAUCAACCAAUAUUUAUUAAUGAAAACUUACCUAUUCAUUCAUAUAUAACACAUAUUCAACUACAAUAUAAUAAUAUUAUUCCUAAUCAACAAUUAAAUAUUGAUUAUAAAUUAUUAAAUAAUCAUAAUCAAUUUUAUCUUCAUCGAAAAACUAGUAUCUUAUAUCUAGCUAAACCAUUAAAAUAUCAAAAAUAUUUCUUAGAAAUACAAGCCGAUAUUAAUUUCCUUACUCAAUAUUAUUCAUUAAAAACAAAUAUUGAAAUAAACGUUCGUGAAAUAAAUAAAUAUCGACCUAUAUUUUCAAAUAAUACAUUAACCGAAUUAUUUCAAUUACCAUAUCAAUUUCAAGCAUUUGAUUUCGAUCAAAAUAAAGAAACAAAUGGACGUAUUACAUAUCAUUUAUGGAAUUGUUUUGAUCAAUGUUCUUUUGAAAUGAAUCCAAAUAAUGGAAUAUUAAAAUUAAAAACAGAUCAAUAUUUUAAUAAAGAAAAAAUUUAUUAUUUACAAAUAAUAGCAUUUGAUUGGGGUGAACCAAUAAGUUUAGAAUCAAGAAUUGAUGUACGAAUUAAUUUAUCAAAGGGAUUAUUCAAACGAGAUCUAGAAACAAGAUGGAAAAAUAAGUCAUUAUCAACAAUAAACCGUACAUCUUUUCUUACACAAUUUUCAAAAAUUGAAACUAUUUAUCUUAACAUUGGUUUUAAACACCAUUCAAUAUCAUAUCAACUUUCCGAAGAUAUGGAAAUAAAUACAAUUAUCGAUCAUCUUCCCAUUGAAUAUGAUUCUUUUCCUUUAUAUAUUAAUAAUGAACAGGAUAAUGUUUUUUUCUAUCUAAUCAAUGAUACAUCUGUACCAUUUACAAUUGAUUCAAAUCAUAAAACUCUUAUAUUAAUAAAUUCACUUGAUCGAGAAAAACAAAAUCAAUAUAAUUUUGAAAUUGAAUUAAAGCUGAUACCAACUUAUAUAAUAAAAUUACAAGAAAUAUAUACAACUCAAAAUAAUAAUCUAUCAUUUGAUUUUCAAUAUUCAAAUAAAUAUUAUCAAAAAAUAUUCAUUACUAUUUAUAUUAAUGAUAUUAAUGAUAAUAUUCCUAGUUGUGAGUCUUUACAUCAACAUAUUUAUUUAAAUGAAAAUCAAAUACAAACAAAUAUUUUUCAUGUUCAAGCAUUUGAUCCUGAUCAAGGUGAAAACGGGACAGUAAUUUAUUCAUUACUUAAUUAUAAUACAUAUUUUACUAUUAAUUCUUCAACUGGACAAUUGGAUUGUAUUCAAUUAAUUGAUCGUGAACAGAUAUCAUAUCUUCAUUUAUAUAUUGUUGCUUCCGAUCAAGGUGAACAAUUACAAUUACAAUCAAUAUGUAUGACAAUUCAUAUUACAAUUAUGGAUCGAAAUGAUAAUAUUCCUCAAUUUUCAUUUGCAAAUUAUAUCUAUGAAAUAUCAUUUGAUUUACCUCGAGAAACUAUAUUUGGUCAGAUUUAUGCAUCAGAUCUUGAUCAAUCAGAUAAAUUAUUUUAUUCAAUAGAUUCAAAUCUAUAUAUUAAAAUCGAUAAAUAUACAGGUCAUCUUCGAUUAAAAACUGAUCUACAUCAUUUUAUUAAUCAAUCUUUAAAUUUUACAGUAAAAGUAUCCGAUGGUUUACAUAUAAAUCAAACAUGGAUUUAUAUUUCUGUAAAACGUUUCAUAGAAGUACAACAACCAAUUCUUAUACCUGAACCAGCUUAUAGUAUAGUAAUUAAUCAAUCUUUACCUGCUCAAACAAUUAUUAUGAAUAUUUAUCAUCGUUUAAAACUUCCGAAAGCAUCAGUUGAUUUUAUUGAAAUAAUUCACGAAGAAAAUAUAAUACUAUUUGAUAUCGAUCAACAAGGUUCUAUUCGUCUUAUUCAUACAAUAACUGAUCUAUUAAAUUCAUCAUAUUGGCUUCCGAUUCGUUUAACACGUUAUCGUGCUCAUCCACCGCAUUCAUUUAUUCAUAUACAUAUAUCAAUUCGAGAAGAAAAUUUCUAUUUACCACAAUGUAUAGAUAAUUAUCAAUAUAUCAAACUUUAUGAUUAUUCAAUUCAAUAUCCAUUUACAAGUAUUCAAGCAUUAUCUUACUAUGAUAAUAUUCAUUUAGAAUAUACAAUUAUAAAAAAUAAUAUAAAUGAAAAAAUGUUUUCUAUUAAUAAACAAACAGGUUUUAUGCAAGUAUUACCAUUAAUCGAAAAUAAUUAUCUUACAAAAUCGGAUUAUCUAUUAACAAUACAAGUUCUAGAUAGACAACAUCAAUUAUCUGUUGAUUGUUAUUUAAAUAUUAAUCUUAUUCAACGAUAUCAAUUAACACCAAAGUUUUUAUAUUCUUCAAUAUAUAAUAUUGAUUUAAUAAAAUCUGCAUCUAAUUAUGAACGAUUACGACAACGUUUAUUUCAAGUUAUUGCUUUACUGGAUCAUGAAGUUUAUGAUAAAAAUCUUGAAGUACGAUAUCGAAUAAUUGAUCCUAAUCAAUAUUUUAUUAUUAAUCGUCAAACUGGUUAUAUUGCUACAAAACAAUCAUUACAUGAUCAUAGAACUUAUGAAUUCAACGUUGAAGCAUUUACUGUUGCUUAUGAUAAUGAUAUUGAAGAGGAUGAAAGUGAUCAUGAUGAACAACAUUCUGAUCGUCGAAAAUGGCGUAUUGUUUCAUCUCGAGUUAUUUUACCAAUAAAAAUUCGAAUUCAACCAAUAAAUAUAAUCAAUUCUUCAUUAUUGUUACCAGCAUCACCCAUGAAUAAAUCAUCAAUAAGUAUUGUACUCCUAACAACAACAAAAGUUGGUUCCAUUAUAUUAGAACUUGGAAAAAAUAAUACAUAUACACAAUGGUUUAUUAUGAUAAGUCAAAUGGAUCAUACACGUUAUUUUCAUGUAAAUUUUCAAUCGGGUGAACUCAUUCUUAUUCGUCCUCUUCAUGAAUUAAUCAAUAAAACAACUAUGAUUGAACUUCAUAUUAAUGUAACUCAUAAUUGGAUUCAUAUGGAUACAAUUAAAAUACAUAUUCAUAUUAUGAAUGAUAAACAUGUGUUAAUGCAUUUUUCUCAAGCAGAUUAUUAUACUUCAGUUUCAAAAAAUCUGCCGAUUGGAAUUGAAAUAGCACAUUUAACAAUUGAAAAUCCAUCUGAUAAUUGUACAUAUAAUAUUCAUUCAGUUGAAAGAAUUAAAUCAAAAGAUUUCUUUCAUAUCGAUCCAUAUUCAGGUUCAAUAACUAUUAUACAAUCAUUAGAAAACUCAUUGAGUGAAAAACAUUUAUUAAUAAUUAUUUAUCAAUGUCAAUAUUCUACUCAAUUAGCUUUUACACGUUUACAUAUAAAUAUACUUGGUAAAGAUAAAUUAAAAUUUCAAACAAAUCAAUUCUAUCGAUUUACUCGUGAUAAUUAUUUAGUUAUAUUUGAAUCAACAUUAACGAAUAAUCAAAAAAGGUCUCUAAUUAAUUUAGAAUUAAUAAAUAACAAAAAUUAUAAAGAUAGAAUUAAACCAGAUGCACAAAUUAUUCAAGGUGAUCCAUUAGGUUUAUUUUCUAUUGAUUCAUUAACUCAAUCUUUAAUCCUUUUGGAUGAAUCUCGUUCUCGUUCAUAUAUUUAUCCAAUUCAAUUAACUAUUAUUGAUACAUCACAAAAAGAAUUUAUUAAUUGUACAGUAACAAUAUUCAUAUCAAAUAUUGGCAUUCAAUUUACAUGUCCUUCUCAUUUAAAUUCUUCUCCAUAUCUUUUCACAUACGAAUCAAUACCAACAAGCAGUAUUGAUCGAUUUACUGGUCAACAAUAUGAUCAUUAUAAGUCUCUUACUAUUCACGGAUUUGACCCAUUAACACCUAUGAAUAUCAUUGAAUGUGUAAUGAAUUCUCCAAUAAAAUUUCCUAAUAAAACAAAUGAUUUUAUAUUUGACAAAGAAAUCUAUUCUGGUUAUAUUAAUAAUAGUUUAUUUGUAUAUCAUAAUCAAGAACCAAUGUAUUUAUCAAUUAAAAAUCGAUAUUAUUAUUUAAAUCCAUAUGAUAUUACUUAUCAUUUUAUGAAUCAAACUUCUAUGAAUUCUUUUCAAUUAGAUAAUUAUACUGGAAUAAUAAAAUAUAUUUCGAAAAAAAAAUUAUUUAUGCAAUAUUCAUUUCUUAUUUUAGCUAAAUAUCAAUCAUUAUUUACAUUUACACGUUUAAAUAUUUUUAUUCAUCAUACUAAACAAAAAAUUUAUAAAUUUCAAUUAUAUAAACCAUUUGUUAAUAAUUAUACAAUUGGUUAUUUAAAUGAAUUAAAUUCAAAUUUAAAAAUUUAUGAUAAAAAAAUUUCUUCAAUGUUUUCAAUUGAUAUUAAUCGAAGAUUAUUUAUUAGAAAUGAAACAUUGAUAUUAAAUGAAGGAAAUUUUUUUAAAUUUUUUAUUGGAACAAUUCGUAUUGAAAUUCAUAUUUUAUUAAAAGAAAUCUUACAAUGUUCAUUAAAUAGAUUUUAUUCUAAUUUAGAUAAUGAUUUAAUUGGAUUUAUUGAAAUAUUAAAUUCUAAUCAAAAACGAAUAUUUCAUCUUGUAAAUUAUAAUCAUUUAUUUAUAUUAGAUCAUGAAUAUGGAUUUUUACGUUAUCGAAAUCAAAAUCAAUUGAUUAAAGAUGAUUUAAUAUUAUUAAUUGAAAUUGAAAAUGCACGAUGUUUAGUUACAUUUAAUGAAUAUUCAUCGAAUAAUACUAUGAUAAAAACAAUAAAUAACAAUUUAGAAAUCGAAAGAUUCCAUGGAAUUAAAAAGUCUUUUGAUGAAAUCAAUCUUCACAUCAAUAAUACAUCGAACAUAUUAAAUCAAGCACCGAUAUUUUCUCAACAAAUCUAUAAAUUUUCUCUUCAUCUUACUAAUAACAUAAAUAAACCAAUUAUUAUUGGUCAAAUAUCUGCUCAACCAUAUAAUAAAAAUCGAAGUCAUCUUAUUUAUCAAUUUCUUUCCUCAACUAAACAUUUUUACAUUAAUCCUGAUAAUGGUAUUAUGAAUUAUGUUUCAAAUAAAUAUGAUAAUAAAACGAUACGACAAUUUCAAAUUAUAGCACAUGAUUUAAUCUAUCAACAAAAUGCAAUAGCGAAUGUAAUUGUUUAUAUAUUUCCACCAGAAUCAAUUUCUCUUCAUUCAUUAAUUUAUCAUCAAACAAUAUCAGAAAUUCUUCCACCUGGUUCAAUCAUUUUUCAACCAAAUAUUUUUACUACAGAAAAUUUUCAAUAUUCUCUACUUGAUUAUGAUACAAAUCUUUUUGAAAUCAAUGCAAAUACUGGACAAAUAAUUCUUCGAAAUUAUUUAUUUGAUCUAUUUUAUUCCUUAAAAAUUCAUGUGUCUCCAAUUAAUCAGAUUUUAAUUAUUAAAUUAACUGUUCUGGAUUAUAAUGAUCAUCCACCAAUGUUUUUUAAUCUUCCAUUAAAUCUUACAAUUUCAUCUGAUGAUACAUUUGUCACAAAAUUAUCUGCAUAUGAUCUUGAUCUAUCUGAUAAUGAACAUCUAAAAUAUUAUCUUCUUGAUAAAAAUCAACAAAAAAUCUUUUCUAUAAAUCAAACAAAUGGUAUAAUCACAUCAAAAACUUCUAUAAACCAUAUUAGUUUUCAAUUAAAAAUAGCUGUUAGCGAUGGUUUACAUCUAACAAAACAAUAUCUUCCAAUAACUAUUUAUGAUUAUUUACAAAAUUCUCCAAAAUUUUCAUCGGAUGAAUAUACUUUUCAAUAUAAUGAAAUUCUUGGACAAAUUUAUGCUUAUGAUCCUGAUUUAAAUGAUCAAAUUACUUAUAAAUUAUAUCUCGAACCUGAUGGUAUACAAAUCGAUCAUUAUUCAGGUUUAAUUACCAGUAAUCAAACAUAUUUAUCUCCAAUCAUUGAAUUUUUUGCAUCUGCUUCGGAUCGUGCUCAACAAAUUGUUUAUACAAAAAUUAUAAUUCUCUUUCCAAUUCAACCGAGAUUUACUUCAAAUUUAUAUCAUAUAUUUCUAAGUCUAUCAAUUAAAAUUCCUUCGGAAAUAUUUCAUUUUCAACUUGUUGAUACAUUCAAUCAACCAUUAUCAUCAACUAGACUUGAACUUGAACAUUCAACUCAUUUCUUACAAAUAAAUCAAAAUAAAUUAAUUUUAAAAGAUUUAUUUCAUCAGUCGAAAAUCUAUUAUUUUAAUAUAAAUGGUUAUUGGAAAAAUCUGACUUGUCAAACAACUAUACAAAUUUUAUAUGGAGAAAAAAAUCUUAAGUUAAAUAAGAAUUUCUAUGAAUUUUAUUUAGAAAUUGAAAUUUUAAAAGAAAAUUUUUUUAUUGAAAAAUUUGAAUUCAAAAAUGUUUCAUUAAAAAUUCGUUCGACACCAUUAACAAUACAGAAUUGUACGGAAAAUUUUUAUAUCAAUGAAAAGAAAUUAUAUUUUAAUAAUUAUCCGAUUUUAUCUAAUCUAUGUUUUUUUGAAUUACAAUUUAUAAAUGAAAAAAUUAUAACAACAAGUCAAAUUAAAAUUCAUUUUAUACAAUCAGAUUUUAAACCAAAAUUUUCAUCGAAUAUUUAUUAUUUCUAUACAAAAAAUAUUCAAGUGUUUGCAAAAAGUUCAAAUACUAUUCGAUAUAAAUUACAAACAAAUUCAUAUGGUUUAAUUAUUAAUCAAACUACUGGAAUAUUAUCAUUCAAAUAUACUUCAUAUAAAAUAAAUUCUAUUGACCAAAUUCAAUUAUUAGUUUACGCAAUUGAUGAAAAAACAUAUUUAAAUGAUACAGCAUUGAUUAAUAUUAUAUUGAACAAAAGAAAACAAUUUGCAAUACCAUCAGACAUAGCAUUAUGUUCAAAUAGAACAAUAUCAAUAUCGGAUCAAAGUUUACCAGGUACAAUCAUACAGGAUAUUUAUUUCAAAAAUGAUACUAACAAUCAUUAUUACAUCUUAUCUGGAGAUAAAUAUAAUCUAUUUUCUAUAAAUAAACUUGGUCAAUUAUAUUUGGUUUCAUCAAUUCUUAAUCAAACAUCUGAUGAUUAUUUUGAAUUAACUAUUCUUAUAUCUUCCUCUUCAUUAAUCUAUUGUCGUACUAAUAUAUCAAUAAUUCGAACACCUAAAUGGUCACAUUUUAUAUGUCCAGUCAUGCCAAUUGAAUGGAUGAUUGAAGAAGAAUGUGCAAUAGGUACAAAAAUUGGUAAUAUUAAAGAUAUAUUAUACAUGAUAAAUAAUAAUUCGGAAUUAAUUGACCAAAUUAAUAUGAAAUUAACUAUUACGAAAGAUUCUCAUGCAUUUAUAUUAAAUUCUACAACAGGUUUUUUAAUAUCAAAAUCACGACUUGAUUAUGAAGAAAAAUAUCUUUAUUCAUUUUCAAUUUUUCUUGAACCAGAACAACUCAAUUGUUCAUUAUCAAUAUUAAUUAAAUUAAUAAAUAUCAACGAUAAUUCUAUAUCAUUCGAUAGAAAAUCAUUAACAUAUACAAUUGAUGAAAAUAAUCUUAUACCUUAUUAUAUUGGACGUAUACAAUUAAUCGAUAUUGAUCAAUUAUCAUUUUUUCAUUAUAAAUAUUAUCUUAAAGAAUUAUCAUCACAAAUUUUAAUCGAACCUCAAACUGGCUCAAUUAUUUUAUUAAUUAAACUUGAUCGAGAAAUUCAUGGAAAAAAAUUACAAUAUGAAAUUCAUGCAAUAAAUAAUUAUAAUAAAAAGAAUUUAACAGAUAUUUUAGUAAUUAAUAUUAAUGAUUUAAAUGAUCAUGGACCUUUAUUUGAAAAAGAUAACUAUCAAAUUAGUUUAAACAAAUCAAUUCAACCAGGAAAACAUAUUUUUCAAAUAACUGCAUCAAGUUACGAUCCAAUUCAGAAUGGAAAUAUAAGUUAUUUAUUAAUCAAUUCUUUAUCGAUGUUUUCAAUUGAAAAAUAUACAGGAAAUAUUUAUUUAAAUGACUUUAUACCAUCGACAAUAACAAAUAUAACAUUAAUUAUUGAAGCAUUUGAAAAUGAAAUUAAUUUAACUGAUCGAACAAAUAUUUUUAUAUCAAUUAUCAAUGAUGAUUAUAUUUAUUUUAAUAUAGAAAUUAAAAAUCAAUGUUCUAUUAAUGAAAAUCAACCAGAUGGAACAAAUAUAUGUAUGAUUGGAAAAAAUUCAAAAGAUUUUAUAUAUAUUUUAAUUGAUCCAAUGAAUUUAUUUGAUAUUUUAUCAAAUAAUGGUACUAUUAUCAAUCGAAAAAUAUUUGAUUAUGAAACAGAUAAUCAUGAAUAUAAUGUGACAAUUGUUGCACACGACAAAAAGAAUCAGUAUGAUAAUUAG